AUGGACGGUGGAGAGCCUCCACUGGUGCGUAAACCCGGGGUAGUCACAUCGGAGAGAUUCCAUGCUGUUUAUCUGGAGGUGGAGCCCCACACCUGCAUGUGGCCUGAGCGGUUUUCGAAUGAGGGAGGGCAGUGCAAACCUCGGAAGCCCAUAGGGCGAUUACACAGCUCCACGGGGUUCCUGGUCUCCUGGUGGCAUCCCUGUGUUCCUGUCCACUUUAUCAGCAGUGAUGAGUGCGCCCUCUUCUUUGACCAGGGACAAGAGCAUCCCUUCCGUGGCCCUCUCAGUGUUCACUACAUGGUGCUGUGUGGACUGGGGGUUACUCGCCAGUGCCCUCACGAGCUGCUCAAGGACCUGAGCUCUGCCAGGUCUCCGCGGCCCCUGGCUUGUGCUUCUGAGCCGUCUGUCCUUGUGCGCUACAGUGAACCCCUGAGUUGUGUGGAGUUGAGGGAGGACGCGCUUCCUUGUCCCACGUUCUGUACAGAACGUGUGCAGGAGUCAGUGACCUUCAGGGAUGUAGCUGUAGACUUCACCCAGGAAGAGUGGGCCCUGCUGGACACAUCCCAGAGAAAGCUGUUCAGAGACGUGAUGAUGGAGACCAUCGACCACUUGGUGUUUGUGGGGAGUCAGCUCUGCAAAUCAGAUGUGAUCUCCCAACUAGAGCAAGGAGAGGAGCUGUGGAGAGAAGGGCAGAGUCCAGUUAUUUCAGGUAGGGAAAUUGACCUUGACAAAGAAGAAAUGAUGUCCUUGCAACAUAUCUGCAGGAAGGACACACCCACCAUCAUGGCAAUGCAGAGAUCUCUCACUGGAGAGGACCCCUUUGAAUAUAAUGGUUUUGGAGAAGAUUUCACUCACAGUUUUACGUUGACUCAACAUGUGUUAAAUCACAUGGGAAAGAAACACAGUAUUAGCAAAGAAUUUGGAAAAUCCCUUACUGACUCAUCAUCUUAUAAUCAACAUAAGCAAGUUCACCCUAGAAGUAAAUCACAUGAGUGUCAUCUAUGCGGGAAAGCCUUCAUUCAAAGCUCUGGCCUUAAACAACACAUCAGAACUCAUACUGGGGAGAAACCAUAUGAAUGCCAUGUUUGUGGAAAAGCCUUCAGUAAUUUUUCUGGCCUUACUCAACACUAUAGAACUCACACUGGAGAAAAACCAUAUGAAUGUCAUGUGUGUGGGAAAGCCUUCAGUACAAAUUCUAAUCUUCGGCAACAUGGGAGAAUUCACACUGGAGAGAAACCGUAUGUAUGUCAUCUGUGUGGGAAAGCCUUCACUAAUUGUGCUGACCUUAUACAACACAAUAGAAUUCAUACUGGGGAGAAACCAUAUGUUUGUCAUCUCUGUGGGAAAGCUUUUAUUCAAAGUUCUGGCCUUAAACAACACAAUAGAACUCACACUGGAGAGAAACCAUACGAAUGCCAUAUAUGUGGAAAAGCCUUCAGUAAUUUUUCUGACCUUAUACAACACAAUAGAACUCACACUGGAGAGAAGCCAUAUGAAUGUCACCUCUGUGGGAAAGCCUUCAGUAAUUGUUCUCACUUUAGACGACACGAGAGAAGUCACACUGGAGAGAAACCAUAUGAAUGUCAUAUUUGUGGGAAAGCCUUCAGUAGAAGUUCUAACCUAAGACUGCAUGAGAGAAUUCACACUGGGGAGAAACCUUACGGAUGUCAACUCUGUGGGAAAGCCUUUAGUCAAUGUUCUGACCUUAGAAAUCAUGAGAAAAGUCACACUGGAGAGAAACCAUUUGAAUGUCAUGUAUGUGGGAAAGCCUUCAGUAGAAGUUCUAAUCUGAGACUUCAUGAGAGAAUUCACACUGGAGAGAAGGCACAUAUUUGUCAGCUUUGUGGGAAAGGCUUCGGUCAGUGUUCCGACCUUAGAAAUCAUGAGAAAACUCACACUGGAGAGAAACCGUAUGAAUGCCACGUGUGUGGGGAAGCCUUCACUUACUGUUCUGACCUUAGGCAUCAUGAGAGCACUCAUACUAUAUAUGUGGAGGUCUGGGCUUCGUAUAAGGAGUCAGUGACCUUCAAAGAUGUAGCUGUGGUCUUUAACCAAGAAGAGUGGUCCCUGCUGGACACACCUCAGAGACACCUGUUCAGAGAUGUGAUGAUUGAGAACAUCGAUUCCCUGGUCUUUGUGGCUACCUGA